UUGCACACAAAAAAAAAAAAAAAAUCCCUCCUUGUGUCCCUUCCCAUCGUUGAUAAGAUUAGUUUGGUGCUGUGCUAGAUAGCUUGUUGUGUGUCCCGUGGUACUGGUAGGCCCUGUUCAGCACAGCCUGGCUGAGCCUGCUAGUUCCUUGGCUGUUUUACACCCCCCCCCUCCCCUCCUCUUCCCCUUCCCCCUCCCCUCUCACUGGUGUUGGGCUGUAAAGGGAGUGGGCCUCCAUCAUGUCAGCAGCACAGGCUGGCAUGAGGAGGCACCAUGCAGUGCGCCUCCUUCUAAAGGAGAAGGGAGGAAAAAUAAUGGAGUUAUCCCGAUUGGAUUUCUCCAGAAAAUUCCUCCAGAAAGAGCUCGGUUUUCAUCCCGCGCAGGUAAACUGCAUCUUAGCCCUCCCCUAUAGGAAGGGCUUCGAUGUCAGUUUUGCCAACGCCAGCUACCUGAGGGAGUUCUGGGGGAAACUCCAGAACGCCCUGAACACCCAGGGGUCCCUCACAGCAAUGUUUGAGGUGACCAAGCUGACGGAUAAUAGCAUUAAAACCGUUAUUAUCCGUAUGUACAAUGAAACCGUACAGCCGGAGGACAUUGCAGUAUGGCUGGGCAGGUACUGCAACGUGAAGGGUCCCCUGAUCCAUGUAAAAGACCUCGACGGGAUCUGGACAGGGGCCUGGAGAGUCACUGUCCAGCAAAGGGAGGACCCUGGGGGCUAUGGUGGGUUGAAAGCCAUCCCAUCCACCAUAGUCCUCGGAGAGAACAGGGGCCAUGUUCACUACCAGGACCAGCCCAAGCUGUGCCGUAAGUGUGGUGAACAUGGCCACCUUGCAGACGCCUGUCAGAAGGUUGUCUGCAUGAAGUGCCGGGAGGUGGGCCACCGCUACGAGGAGUGCACGAACGGAAGGUCGUGCAACCUCUGUGGCGAGCGGUCCCACCUCAUCCGCGACUGCCCCUCCUCCUGGGCCAACAGGGCCAAGGCUGGAAGGAGGGAGUGGGCGGCCGCGGACCGGGCUUUCGAGCGCCAGAGGGCUGGAACGGCAGUUGCCGAGGUGGUAGUGGAGGAGCCGGUGGUGGUGGAGGAGGAGGCAGUAGUGGAGCCGGUAGUGGUGGUGGAGGAGACAGUUGUGGAGCCGGUGGUGGUGGUAGUGGCAGUAGUGGAGGGCGCGGAAGGUGUAGUGGUGGAAGAAGUGGGAGGAGAGGACAAAACCCUCCCCACCCCAAUCCCCCUGCCCCAGACUAAUGUGACCCCUGAAGGAGAAAGGGCCGAGAAAGACGGCUCCGGAGAGAUGUUCAGCGAAAGCUCCCCAAGUGGGUCAGAUAUUAUAGGGUCGGUGUCGGAAAGCACCAUGGAGACUGUGUCAGAAGGUACGGGAGAGGAGGGGGAGAUUCUGAAGGAACACCUCCCCCUACGUAAAAGAAACGCUGAAGAGCUCUCUGACCCCGAACAGGGAAAUGGGGGGAUAAGUGGCAGCACGGGCCCUCCAUUUGGAGUGGCUCCAAUUUUAACAAGAACGACGGUGUUGCCAUUUUAAUCAAGACCCCACAGGUGGUGGUGAAGGGGAGCACGGUGGUGGUAGGAUCGGGAACCAGUAUGUCCAGUGCGCGGGCUCGCUAUAGGUGAGCCCACAACGGUUUGGCGCAACGUGGCCCACCCUGCUCUCCUGAAUCGGCAUCGGGACCUGUCCUGGAUGGUCGCCCACGAGAUCCUCCCGGUCAGGGCCGUUAUGCACUCACGGGGCAUGGCGAGGACAUCCGCGUGCCCCCGACCAGGCUGCGGCCAAGAAGAGUCGGUGAGGCACAUGCUCUGGGAGUGCAGAGCCGCCAGGGACCUGUGGAAGGAAGCAGGCCCCCUGAUCACCUCGUGUCUGCCAGCAGGGGAGGACCUAACACCUCAGCUCGUGCUGUAUGGGGUGGGCCGAAGGCCCAUUUCAUCGAAGACCUUCACCAAGCUCUGGCCCACCCUCACGUGCCUGAAGGAAGCACUGUGGUCCUCCCGUAACCUGCUGGUAGCGAAAAACGUAGAGACC